GCAUCCUGCAAAUCCUGCGCGCUCCAACAGACGUCCUAGCUGCCACUCCGCCGCGCGCGUCAGCGACCUCACCGUCACCGGCGAAGCAACACCGGCACCCAUGGCGCUCGCCUCCACCUCCGCCACCGCCUCCGCGGCCGUGCUCAAGAACCCGUUCCUCGGCGCGAGGCGCGCGCUCGCUAAUGCCGCCUCCCUCGGCGCCGCCAAGCCCGUGACGCGCCGCGUGGUGGUCGUCGCCGCGGCCGUCGGCAAGAAGUCGUGGAUCCCCGCGGUCAAGAGCGAUGCCGAGUUCAUCAACCCGUCUUGGCUCGAUGGCUCGCUCCCCGGUGACUUCGGCUUCGACCCGCUGGGGCUUGGCAAGGACCCGGCGUUCCUCAAGUGGUACAGGGAGGCCGAGCUGAUCCACGGGCGGUGGGCGAUGGCCGCGGUCCUGGGCAUCUUCAUCGGGCAGGCGUACAGCGGCGUGCCGUGGUUCGAGGCCGGGGCGCAGCCUGGCGCGGUGGCGCCCUUCUCCUUCGGGUCGCUCCUGGGCACCCAGCUGCUGCUCAUGGGGUGGGUGGAGUCCAAGCGGUGGGUCGACUUCUUCAACCCGGACUCCCAGUCGGUGGAGUGGGCCACGCCGUGGUCGCGCACGGCCGAGAACUUCGCCAACUUCACCGGUGAGCAAGGGUACCCGGGCGGCAAGUUCUUCGACCCGCUCGGCCUCGGUGGCGAGACCAAGGACGGCGUCUACAUCCCCGACACCGAGAAGCUCGAGCGGCUCAAGGUGGCCGAGAUCAAGCACUCGCGCCUCGCCAUGCUUGCCAUGCUCAUCUUCUACUUCGAGGCCGGACAGGGCAAGACGCCACUCGGCGCGCUCGGCCUAUAAGACGAUUUUUGGCUUGCGCGCGUGGUGGGAGAGGGGUUGUUGCAUUGCAUCAGAUCGGACGCACGGAUUGCAUGGGAUCGGCUGGAGGUCGAAGAAGCAGCAGCAAUGUAUCUGUGUCCGUGUCUUCUUUGGGGUGGUGUGUGUAAAUCGAAUGGGGAAUCAAGUACUCUUUCUUUCUCCAGCGUAUGUACCAUGUAAUAUAUAGUCUGAGCUCUGUAAUUUAAGGCAGAAUGAGCAAGGGCAUUUGAUUCAUCA